AAAAAAGCAAACCAAAACAUGUAAUGUGAUUUAAUGUAAUAAACUCAUCACAAACAGAGCUCUGUUUAUCUUUUCUUCCAUCAAUCCAAUGGCUGAUCAGAUUCAGAUCCAGAUAAUGAACCAAGAUCUUGAAGAACCAAUGGCUGAGAUCAUGCCAAGUGUUUUAACGGCAAUGUCGUAUCUGUUGCAAAGAGUAUCGGAGACCAACGACAAGCUGAGCCAGAAACAGAGGAUCUCAAGCUUCACUGGACUAACCAAACCUUCCAUUUCCAUCAGAAGCUAUCUCGAGAGGAUCUUCAAUUACGCGAAUUGUAGCUAUUCGUGUUACAUCGUCGCGUAUAUAUAUUUGGAUCGGUUCGUGAAGAAGCAGCCAUUUUUGCCUAUCAAUUCCUUCAAUGUGCAUAGGCUUAUAAUCACAAGUGUUUUGGUCUCUGCUAAAUUCAUGGAUGACUUGAGUUACAACAAUGGAUAUUAUGCAAAAGUUGGAGGAAUAAGCAGAGAAGAAAUGAACAUGCUUGAGCUUGACUUCUUGUUCGGAAUCGGGUUUCAGUUAAACGUCACCGUUUCUACUUUCAAUAACUACUGUUGUUUUCUACAAAGAGAGAUGGGGAUGUUGACGAAGAUGAAGUCUCUGUUUCUAGAACCUUCUCUUUCAUUCAAAAGCUCUUCUAAGACGAAACUUCUGAUGAAUCCACACGAGGACGACUCUUUAUCCACUCAUCACAAUAAGAAGCAACUCGCUGCUGCUUGAUCAUAUUUAUGCAUUGGGUCGUAUAAUCACAUUGUUGUGUACUGUAAAACCUUCUUUUAUGUCCGAGGGUUCUUGAUUAGUGAUGUACUGAUGUUAGCUUAGAAUUUGUAUUGUACAUCUAGAGAUUGGUUUCUUGAAUUGAAUCGAUACAAGUUGAACUAAAUGCAAAUCUGAUAUAAUAUUUGUUUUCUUCAAAUGAUCAAAACAAGCGUUUGGAAACAAACAAAAACACUAAAAGAGAUCACACUUUAAAAACAUGCAGACAUUAUAAGAUAUGUCGAGCGCAUAAUCUAUAUAAAAAGCAUUCAAGACAAAGGAAGAUAAGUUACAUUUAGGAGGGUACCAAACCUAAUAAUCUUUAAUCUUACAAACACUUAUACUCCUCCCAAAAUAUUUUGGUUGGGAGAAAUUACCAAAUAAAACAUCCUUACGGAUGAAUCUUACUACCGUGGCUCAAAGCGGCAACUUCACCGUUGGAACCACCACCACCACCACCUCCACCAGACCGGCCAUUUCCGCUUCCGUAACCAUAUCCACCACCACGUGCUCCACCACCUCCAGAACCAUAUCCAUAUCCGGUACCUGAUCCGGAUCCGGAUCCAUAACCGUAUCCGGAUCCUCUUCCCCAUCCUGUUGGUGAUCUACCCGAGCCUGAUCCGAAUCCCCAUCCAGAUCCUGGAGCAGAGCCCCAACCCCAGUUGUACUCCCAAUUGGGCCCACGGCCCGACCCACUUUCGCCGGGAUAGUUUUGGCCUGGCAUGUUACCCCUCGACCAUGCGAACGGACGGGAAACUGAAGUCUUUGCAGUGAUUAAAAAGAAAAAAACCAA